AUGCUAAAGAGGAUUCGAAAACAAAAUGCAAAGACAACUCAUGUGCAACCUCAAAAGAGGAAGUCAAGUAUAACAAAUUCCUGGAAUACUCAACAAUGUCCAAAUGGGCUUAUAAAUGAGGAUGAGACUAUUCAAGAGAAUUUAGAGUUCCAUAAUAAUUCGCAAUCACCAUUUUCUAAUAAUGCUCAAGAAGAUCCAGAAUUGAAUGACAGUUCUAAUAUUGAGGAUAUAUGGAAUCUGGGCAAAGGAGAGGAGUUGCCAGAAAAGUUCAAUGAAAAAAAUCAAUGUAUUGAUGAUGGUGAGCUUGAGUAUUUCUGUGGCACAAUAGCAAGAAAUUCAGAUUUGUCACCACUUGAAUAUGCAGACUGGAGAAAAGUUCCUAAAGAUAAAAAAGAAAUGAUAUGGAAUGUUGUUCAGACCAAAUUUAAGUUAGGGCCAUCUAGAGAAAAAUGGAUAAUCCAACAAGUUGGCAAGUGCUUAAGGACUUAUAAGCACACACUGUAUGAGGAAAAUUUUCAUAAAUACAAAUCACUUGCUGAGUUGAAGGACAAUCCGCCUCCUAGAACUGACCCAAAACAAUGGGAAAAACUUGUUGGUCAAUGGUAUUCAGAAGAGUGGCAGCGCAAAAUGAAUGGAAAACUACCAUCAAGAACACAACUUUUCAUAAAGUAUCACAAGCAUAAGGAUGGAACACCAGUAUCAUCGGAGGCAGCGACAAUCAUUCAAAAGAUUAAUGAGAUUCAAGCUGAAAAUGAAGCAAAUAAUGUAGAAUUUGAAGACAAUGCUCCUAUUGAAGGAGAUAUUUUAUCACAAGUGCUUGGACCAGAAAAAAAUGGACGAGUUCGUGGAAUGGGUUUUGGAGUAUCACCAAGAAUGUUAAAAAAGGACAACAUCAAUGUGAUACAACAACUGCAAGAAGUCAAUAAUGAGAAUAUACAACUAAAAGAAAAUUUUGCUAUAUUACUUGAGGAGGAUAAUCAACUUAAAGAACAGUAUGUUAGCUUAAAGAAUGAAGUUUCAGAAUUAAAAGAGAUAAUUGCUCAACUUACUCAAGUUCCUAAUACCCAAUAA